AUGGAUGCAUCCAGUGUAAGAAGAAACCCCAUCAUCGGUUCUGCUUCGUUGGAUCUCCCACCUAUGGCAGAAGUAAUCGCCAACAACAUCGAUCUCCUUACGCAGAUCCUCCUGUUUUUUCCGGCAAAAUCCCUAAUCCGAUUCAAGUCCGUGUCCAAGCACUGGCUCUCCCUUAUCUCGGACUCCCAAUUCGCUGCCACGCACUCCCGCCGAAACCCAAGGCCGUCGAUCUCGGGUCUGUUCUUAAGCUGGCACUUUCCGAACUGCCAGACUGAAAAGUACACCAAGUCUGUCUCGCUUCAGGGCCACGAAAAUAGACCCACGCUCGCCUUUCUCGACGGCGUUGGUGUUGCUCUGGUCCGACCGAAGAUUACUCACUCUAGCAACGGAUUACUGUUAUGUAAGUGCCGUUAUUCUGCUCACUCGUCAGAUCAUUACCUAGUUUGCAAUCCAACUACAAAGACACAUACAUUAAUUCCGGACCCCCCUGAGUUUUCGUCCGGGAGUGUUCGCAGUUCGUCACGUGCUUUCUUGGCUUUUGAUCCUUCGAAAUCCCCUGGCUAUAAAGUCGUGUUUUUGGGUGAGUGUUAUUCCAACAGCGUUACGAAUUUAUACAUUUGUGUCUAUUGUUCGAAGAGUGCGUCUUGGAAACGGUUUCGUGUCCCCGAUGGAAGGCAUACACACGAGGUGCUCUGUGGUGGAGUUAUAUAUUGGUUAAGUCAUAAGGGCGUUGUGUUGGGAUUCGAUAUUGAUUCGGAGAAGAUGAUAGAAAAGAGUACAAACCCGCCGAAAAUUCCUGGUGUGGCCUUGAUGAUGUAUUUCGGGGAAUGUGACGGCCAUUUGAUUUUUGUUCAAUUAAAUAUAACGUCUGCUCUGGAGUUCAUAAUCCUUGAGAUGGACAAGGACAACAGUCGUUGGAUUGUGAAGUUUCUGGUCAAUCUUGAACCCUUAUGUUCGAUGGGAAGCAAAUUCUCCUACUAUUGCGUGUUGUGUGUUGUGAAGGAGGACAAGGAGAAAGAUUUUCAACUUGUGCUCGAUCUUGGAGGGACAGUUGUAUCCUAUAAUGUGAUGAACCAGACAUGGAAUGUGCUUAAUGAUAUGGCUCCAGGUGAAUCAGUUUCUUAUAUGGCAAAUCCAUAUAUUGAAAGCCUAUCCCCUCUUUAA